GUCUCGAACUGCUCGUGAACUUUGUAAGCCGCCACGGGCACCAAGGUACCCCCGUAGUUGUGGUGCUCCGCACCAACGCGCACCUUCAUCAGAGUCACGGAUUUCUCAUGCAAACAGUGGGCGGCGGUGAUGACAAUCUCCUUGCUGUAGAGAACGCCACCGCAUUCGUGACGCGCACUGAUCUGGAUGGACACCUGCCAAGGAGCGUUCCGAAUAACCUGAUCCUGUCCGCCCACAAUUCGGCCAUUGGUCUCGACAGGUGUUGCCGUUGCCGCCCAUCCAAGGAAAAGGAGGAAGAACACUACUUUAUAAACAGUCAUUCCGAAAGCCAAGUACAAACUGCCAGCCGCUGAGCAUGAAAGCCAUACAUGGCGAGUCGCCUCGAAGGGCAGUAAAAGUUAAUCACCGGCUAAUGGGAGCUUAUCGCCAGCAAUCGACUCUAUCAAGUAGCUUUAGCCUGUUCUACACUUCUCACCCGGCUAUAGAAACGCCAAACAGUUACCCAGGCAACGAAACUCAAAUCGAAAAUCAACAGCAACAAUCGCAGUAUUAUUGUGCAUUAUGGAGGAGUGGAAGAUAACUCCGGAGGAAAUUAUCCGGCUGCGGGAGAGCUGUCUGCAGUGCAUCCGUGACGGUGAACUCUACCAGCUACGCAACGAUGCCAAGCUGAGAGCCGUGUAUAAUACCCAGAGCUAUGAGGAAUUCAAGGACGUGGUGGACGCGGCUCAUCUUCGUCCAGUGACCAGAAGUGACAAGGCCAAUGCCAACACAAAGAACAGACUGUGGAACUCGGCCGCCCGUGAUUGCUGAUUACCCCAAAUAAAGACGCCAUUAGAGAGUUAUGUUUAGAAAGUUUUGUUUGUAAAUGCUGCCAGCGGCGGUGGUCACCCAGGAGCGAAGGAAAGCCACAUCGGCGUAAACACCGCGGAAGUUGUAGUUAAGUGUGUAAAAUUAAAAGGAAAAUUUAUUAAUUA